UUUAAUUAGCACAUUUUUGUGUGGCGCCACUUGCUUACAGAAUUGUUGGUUUUAUCAAAGACACGUUUAUAUAUACAAAAUCUUGGACUCGAACAAGGCGGACAUGACGUCACAUAUUGUGUUUACGACAGUUCCACUGUGUUUACGGCGGUUGCGUUAAUCUUUUUAGCUUAGUUUAAUGUCCAUACACGUUUGUAAAUAUUUUCAUCCUCGUCAUGUCUGUGUGUGUAAUUAAAACAUGUUAGUCAUUCUCAAUUGAGAAAGACAAUGGUGGCUUAGAGGCAGGGCAGGAAGGAGAAGAAGUCUCCCCAAAGAUGGCCACUGAGCUCCAUGAGGCUAUAGUCAUGGCCAAGCAGGAGCGCCACAAAAAUCUCUUCCUCAACUACAGAAAUCUGAACAAUUUCCCAGUCGAUCUGCUCAAAGAUGAAGGCCUACAGUUUCUGGAGAGGCUUUACAUGAAGAGGAACUUGCUCACUACAUUGCCUGACAAUCUUGCACAGAAGUUACCAAAUCUAAUAGAACUGUAUUUGCACUCUAACAACAUAGUGCUUAUUCCGGAAGCAAUUGGAAACUUGGCCCGUUUGCAGUCACUGGACCUGAGCAACAACGCCCUCCAGCUGCUGUGUCCGGAGGUGGGCCGACUGAGGACGUUACGCCACCUGAGGCUGUCCAACAACCAGCUAAAGUGCCUCCCACCAGAGAUUGGCGACCUGCAUGAGCUGGAGACUUUGGACGUGUCCAUGAAUCAGCUCAUGUCCCUCCCCGAGCGUCUGCACCGCUGCAUCUCUCUGCAGAGCCUCAGCGCAGACCACAACCUGCUGAGCCACAUUCCCCGCCACCUCUGCCGGCUGCACCGCCUCAACCAGCUCUCCAUGGCGGCCAACCGCCUCACCUUCCUGCCACUCGAUCUGGGGCGAUCACGGGAACUCCAGUUUGUAUUUGUGGACAACAAUGUGGACCUGAAGGGCCUACCGUCCUACUUGUACAACAAGGUCAUCGGCUGCAGCGGGUGCGGCGUGUCGCCACAUGUGCUCACCGGCGAGCUGGGCGACUCUCUGGAUGAGGAUCUGAGCAAAGGUCUGGUUGGGCUGCCCGCUGAUGUCAAGGUGGUCGCCUCAGAGGCAGACAACGUGGUUCCCCUAGAGGAGCUCGCCAUGAGAACACUACACCGCCUCUUCCACCAGCAACGCAACCACCAUCGCCGCCACACAGAUGUCAACUUCCUGCCUCCCAUCGCUCUGCCAAAGAGUUUUCUUGACCUGCUGCAGUUCCCGCUGGGUCACUGUCACCGCUGCAGCCAAGCCAUGUUCACCAUCAUCUACCCCAAACUCUUCCCACUGCGUCACACCGCCCUGGCAGGCGUGCACCGCAGGGCAACCGUCAGUUUUGUAGCGUACUGCUGCUCCAAGCGCUGCCUACGAACAUUUAACCUCCAAGGAUGACGUCGCUGCUUUCUUUAGGCUCCUCCCAUUCUGUAGCCAGUGGACUUACCGUGCCAGAAAGGCAGAGGCGGAUGUUUGGCGGCGCUAACGGCAGUCUUGAGGACACGUGCGUCCCUGCGUGCGUAAUUAUGAACUCCUUAAGUGAACAUUGCACUUUACUGUGCAUGUUGAUUUGAUAACCUGUGUGUGUGUGUGUGUGUGUGUGUAUGUGUGUGUGUGUGUGUGUGUGUGUGUGUGUGUGUGUGCGUGUAUGUG